CCGGUUUCAGUCUGGCACCACGAGCGCUCGUCCGUAUUGCAUUAGUAUUUAUUUAUGUAUCGUGCAGGUUCUGGUUCUGGCGGCGCCGCGGGUCGCGGGAGGCGGGGGGAACACUUACUACGUGAUUAAUCCGCGCCCCCGCCCGGCCCGCGGCCCUUGCCGCGGCCAGGCGUACUCGCGCCGGGUUUCCUCGUCCCCGCGUCUCAUGGCCACUCACUACGCACGGGGCUCCGCCGUAGUGCCGCCUGCCGACGCCAGUCGCGUCGCGACCUGCGCCGACAACGGACGCUCCACGUAAACAUCUCGACUGUAUGAUAUCAUUCAUGCUAAUCUCCGCUCGUUGAUUUUCCUGCCCAGUGACCGCAGUGAAACCCGCGUCGCCGCGAGUGCCGAAUGUUAGUAGACGUCACCGGUGUAUUUUUCCGUCGGGAACGAAACCUGUUUGGAGUGAUUGGCGCCUGACUCGGAUGAGACCGGCGGCUAGUGAACGUUGCUGUGACCCGUGGCCUGCGAUGCUGCGCCCGUGACCGUCUUGCGACAGUGCCACGAAACCGCGUCCGAUGAUCUCGGCGAGGCUCCCCGGCGAGGCGCUGGCCCAGCUGGGGCAGCUCGGGCCGCUGGGGCUGUACCCGCCGCCGCCGCCGGCCGGCAUGACGCCCGAGUUCCUCGCGCCGCCGCCCCGGCCGUACGCGCGCUACGCGCAGCGCCGCCCGCGCGACAUGCCCGCGCCCCCCGCCCCUCAAUCUCCCUCGUUCCCGAGUUAUCCGACCUUCCUCCCGCAUCCGUCGUACGCGUACAACCUGUACCGGGCGGGCCCUCGGGCGCCGCAGCCGCCGGCCAACUACCCCCUGCACCGGCCCACGUCGGGCUUCGUGCCGCCGGCUCCGGCGUCCCAUUCACCACCAGUGUCUGCGCCGGCGCCUUUACCUCCUGUCCACAGAGACGAACCACCAAUUUCACCGGAGCGCGGCGCGCCAGCUGCAUACUUCUGCCGUGGUGCCCUCAUUCGACUCGAAGAUGGUUCGCUUCGGCGCGUCGAAGAGAUGAGGACAGAAGACUUUGUGAUGAGCGCAGAGCACAGCGGGGACCUGGCGCUGACGCAAUGCACGCUGCUUCGGCUAGACGAGCGGGGCGACCGGCUCGCGCUCACGCUGACGUACGAUAGGAACCGGGCACAGGUGGAGCUGGACUCGACCGUAGACCACCCGUUCUUCGUAUACGGGCGUGGCUGGGCGUCCUGCAAGCCGGAGCGCACGCUGGGGCGGUACGGGUUGCACGUCCAACGACUGCAAGUAGGCGACGUGUGCGUGUCUCUAGUCGCCAGGAAGCACGCCUCCGCGUCUCUCCCCGCGCACCCCUCCUCCGCGCCUCCUCAGACGCACCCGGAGAACCUCAGCGUUAAGGAAGACGCUCGCAAGCGGCGGUGGUCCGCUUCAGACGUGCUCGAAGACGACCGCCCCCUUCCAAAGAAACGCUGAAGCGUCGUGAUCGCUCUGAAACUAUCGUUUAGUUCGUUUCUUCCCGUAGUCGACGCGGACUGUGAGCUGAAUUAGUGAUCGAACGCUUCAUCUUCCUGCUAUCUAACGAAAUCAGCUUCGCAAUAUUCUCACGUGGAUAGUGACAAUAACCCAGUGAGUGAGUCGCGUGCCCGUGCGGCCGCGACCGUCCGCUGUGCUAUCGGGAAUCUAGGUGCUUUUUACUGUCGGGUGCUUCUGUCGCGUAUGUGUACGACAAUGUAAAUAUGUAUGUAAUUAUGAUAUUUAGGUCAAAGUUCAAUGUUACACUCCAUGACUAACUAAAUGUAUCACAAAUAUGUGAACGAACGUUUGCGCGAUGCGUAGGAGGGCAUAUAAAAAAAUAUUUUUGCACAUAUAGAUACCGACACCAAUCAAAUCAUUAAUCAAACUAUUUUUAGUUUAAAAUUAUAUUGGAGUGAGAACCGAAAAACUUAAUGAGCACAAAAAUAACAAUGUGUAUGUUUCUACCAGAUCUUAUAGUAGGUUAGAUUUUGUGAUAAACAAUGAGAUUUUAAAUCGCCAGUCCGUCGUGACGGCAUUGCAUAUUAUGUUAAACAUAGGUACAAUGAAUGUUUGGUAGGGUAGCUAUGGGCUUACGUUGU